AUGGAGUAUGAUGCGUACGCUCCGGACUCGACGCGUCUCGCGAAGUCGGGCUCGGCAUACAGGGUGCUAGGGCAUGACGCGGCGACAUACUACCAGUACGCCAUCUACGUGAGUCUAAUCACGAAUAUCUCCCUCCCCGACCCGUGCACGUUAUCGGAGCGAGCGACGCUUCGGUAA